AUGUCGAAAUCCGCCAAGCAACAAGCGGAAGCCCAGGGACAAGCUGAUGUGUGGGAUGAGGACGUCGAUGAGGACCAAUCUAUGAGACCUGGUCCGCAAUCCAGCUACCUGAAUUCUUCUCAGAAUGAGAUUUCCGAAUACGACAUUGAGGGUAUGGAUCAGUCCAAUAUUCUGAAAGGCGAUAAGUUGCGCCACGCGCAGCCACAGUCGGCCAACAGGUACAAUGAGGGGCCGGAUGAAGACGAUCUGCCUGAAAGAUAA